AUGUAUAAUCCUGUAGAAUAUUAUUACUGCAAUGAUUAUUACUUAUCAUAAAUCGCAGAUGGUAAAAUUAAUCGAGUCAAUACUUCGAACUCUCCAAAAAAAAUUAUGAUGGGUAUAGAAAAAAACGAUUACAAAACUUUAAUAAAGCUAAAAACCCUUAACUUAGAAUCAAAAGAAAUUCAUCCCCAUAUUGUAAAACAUAAAUCUAUUAAACAAUCAUUCAUUAAAUUGGCAGAAUCUAUUCUAAAUGUCAGUAAUUGUUUGGAAAGUGUUACAAAUACAUCCGCAAAAACUGAUAAAUUUGUUUAAAAAUUAAAAAAUAAAAUAACCACUCCUUCUCCAACUCUUCCUAAGCCUCAUAAUCAUGAAAUACACAGAAUUCCAGGUCGGCUUUAUAAAGGAGCUUUGUUAAAAAAUUUUGAUAAUUCAAUAAAUUAAUUAGAUAAAUCAUAUAUUUUAGACUCUAAAUAAGAGUUUAGAACCCUAUCAAUGAGUCCUAAAGUUAGAGUUGUUAAUCAUGACUAACGUAGAUAUAAUAAAAUACAAAUGUCUAAUGCUAUUAAUAAUACAAAUCAAUUUAAAGAUUUAGAGUAAUAAUUCAAAGUUAGGAAAUCUAUCAUAAAUAAUGAAAUUUCUGAUAUUUCUCUUUAGUAGACAACUUCUAAAUUAAUUGAACAAACUAUUGAAGCAAUGAAUGUAGAUUGUUUCUACACAAAAGUAAGUCCUAAUAAUAUUAAUCAUCUUGUUUUGAUAUAAUUUGAAAAUGUUUUGGGUUUUGAUGAAUCAAGUUUUUUUGGAUUACAAUCUGAUUUCAUUUCAAGCAAAUAAUACGAUGAAUAUAUAGUAUUAAGAGAUCAUUAUUUUUAAAAAGCUACAUAGUCUUAAUCUUUCUAUAUACAUAAGAAUUACAAUCAAUUGUUCAAUUCUAUAUCUCGUGUGUAUCAAAUUGGUUUAUUCACAAUUCAAUACCCUGAAAUACUGAAAGAAUUUCUCUAAGAAAGAAAAGUAAGAGUUAAUUGUGGAUUUCAUAUUUAGAAUUAUAAAUUUGAUACUUUUGUAAUAGAUAUAACUUAGGUUUUGUCAAAUAUUUCAAUUUAGAAACCCGAGUUAUUAAUAUUUAUUUAACCAUUUCAGAUACUAAACUAAUAAGAAUCAUACAUUAGUACCAAUUCUAAAAUUCCUUUUUAUGAAUAUCAUGGUUAACGGUUCUUUCUACCAUUUGCUGAAGAUUUUCAUCCUAAUAAUAUUAGAUUAUUGGUUUUGCCUAUAUUAUCAAUGGAAUCAUUGCUAAAAUAAGAUGAAUUAAGUAAAGGGUUUGUUUAAAUUAACUAUUUUAUUGAAUAAUUUACACUAGCUUUAUAAAGCGAAAGUUAUUUUUUAAAGUUUCUGAAGAAAAAUUAGAAUAGAAUCAAAAUGAUAGAUUAAUUAACUUAUUUUAGAUAAUAAAAAUAAAAACUAUUACAAAAGUUAUUUUUCAUAGAAACUUUAUAAAUCUAAGAAUAGAAAUAAGAAGGAACAAAUAUGAAAAAAAAAGAAAUGAUACAAAAAUUAAUUCAGAAAUAUGAUAAUUAAAAAUAAGUUAAUAGUUAGAUAAAUGAUUUAGUGGAAAGAAAUAAAAAGAUUUUUAAGAAAAUGAGAAACUACAAAUAAGAAAAGGUGAAUAAAUUGCAUAAAUUAUAAUAAGAACUUUCUGUACAGCUAAACAGGUAUAACUAUUGUGAAAUGUUUGUUGAUAUAACAUAUUACUUAGCUUAUUGA